GAAUCUUUUGUCAAACGAACAACUAUCACGAAGUUUUCAAGACAAUUACAAAAAUCAAAAGAUAUCAUUUUCAAAAUUUUUCGUCUCUAAUUCUUAAAAUUUUCUAUUUUUUACCAUUCCUUUCUAAUAAAAUUUGUAUUAAUAAAUUGAAGAUAUUGGAUACCGAUACUAAGGUGUGCUCAAUAGAAUAACAAAAAUCGCAACGAAAAAAGGAAAUCAGGAACAAGGAAAUUAGUUCAAAGCAAACGACAAACAGAAAACACAAAUAAAAGAUGGGCGAAUUAACACGAUUACGAGAAUUUUUAAACGAAUUAAUUCCAAGUGAAGAUCAGUUUAAGCGUUUAUAUCAAAACUUCUGCGCACAAGUACGCAAAGGCUUGGGCGCGAAGACCAACAAGGAAUCAGAUACCAAAUGUUAUCUGACCUAUGUACAGGAUUUUCCAACCGGCAAUGAGACGGGUAGAUAUUUAGCACUCGAUUUGGGUGGAUCACGGUUUCGUGUGCUGCUCGUCACGCUGAAGGCCGAUCACGAGGCCGAACAAGUGACCAAGAUUUUUGACUUAUCAGAGAAGGAAUUGCGCGGUAGUGGUACACAACUUUUCGAUUACAUCGCCAAGUGUCUGCACGAGUUCGUCUGUGAGCAAAAAGUCGAAGCCGAACACAUGUCACUGGGCUUCACAUUCUCAUUUCCUUGCGUGCAGACCGGUUUGAGUCGCGCUACACUGGUGCGUUGGACGAAAGGUUUCAACUGUACAGACACAGUUGGUGAAGAUGUGGGUGUUAUGUUAAAGGCGGCAAUCGCACGACGUACUGGACUUAAAAUCGAUAUGGUUGCCAUAUUAAAUGAUACAACCGGUACGCAAAUGUCCUGCGCCCAUCGCAAUCCGGCAUGUAAUAUUGGUUUGAUUGUCGGCACUGGCUGUAAUGCCUGCUAUACGGAGAAGGUGGAAAAUUGUGAACGUUUGGACUCGAAAUAUAAGGACCGACCUAAAAUUAUCAUCAAUGUGGAGUGGGGUGCUUUCGGCGAAAAGGGUGGUCUAGAGCAUUUACUAACCGAUUACGAUAGAAUUGUAGAUAAAAACUCGUUGAAUGCGGGCGCACAGAUCUAUGAAAAAAUGGUAGCAGGUAUGUACAUGGGUGAACUGGUACGCUUGGUUAUGUUGCGCGCCGUUAAUGAGAAUUUGGUAUUCGCACAAUGCAAGCUGCGCAAAUAUAUCACAGACAUACUAACGAAGAAGCCAAAUUGCAUUGAAACGAAAGUACUCUCUGACAUAGCCAACGAUAAAGGUGAUGACUGGCCUUUGGUGAAGGAUGUAUUCAAAAAUAUAUUUCAUUUAAACGACGCGGAUCCUGAAGACUGCAUGAAAUUCAAAUAUAUCUGUGAUGUCGUGGCGAAACGUGCCGGUAACAUGCUAGGCGUUACAUUGAGCGGUUUGGUGAACAAAGUUGGCGAAAACUUCACUAUCAUCGGUGUGGACGGCACCGUCUAUCGCUGUCAUCCGAACUUUGAUGGUUAUAUGCGCGAAACGUUGGAUCAAUUUGUAGAGAAGGACUACAAAUAUGACAUUAUGCUCUCAGAGGACGGUUCUGGGCGCGGUGCUGCAUUGGUGGCUGCUGUGGUACAUCGGGAGUAUAUUGAGAGAAAAUCACUCAAUGCGAGAUUGAGGCAAUGACCAUUGGAAAUGCCUCGAUUAUUCACGUGCAAGUCAUAAUUAAAUUCACAACUUCUUUGGGCACACCUCAAAUUGGAUGAUGAUUUAAAAGCAGUAAAUAUAAAAAAAAUUUGAAGACUCCUACACAUUGUGUUUAAUGCAUUGAACAAUAAUAAACAGAGGACAAAGUAUAAUAAAUAGUAAAACAGAAUCAAUAA